CGGUGUGCGCAGAGGCCGUCGACCAACGAUCAAGCCGGACCUAGACGAACCGGACAUCAAGAAGCCGAGAAACUGUACGGGCGACGAGGCAGAGGCGACCGGGAGGGAGGAGAGCUGUACAGAACAACAACAGGGGGAAUAACCAGAAAGAAGUCGCGGAUGUUAAAGGAAUUGUACAGCCGGUAG